UUUCGACAAUUCUUCAUCUUCAUCUUCUCACACACACACACACAAUUUACAGGUUUCUGUAAUUUUACAAAAUACAAUGUCAAUCCUGCAGAUAUCUCUCUCAAUUUCAACCACCCAACAAUCCCUUUCAUCGGCGAAAAGCCUGUCGGGCUGCCCGAUAUCAGCCCAAUCACUAUCGCUCACCAGAAAAUUCUCCCAGCUCUCCUUCAACCCACCCAGCAAAUCGACGGCGAUUCGCAUGGGCGGUGGGCCCAGAACCUACCCCGGCGGUGUAUCGAAGUGGCAGUGGAAGAGAAUGCAGGCUAAGAAAUCUAAACAGCUGCUCCAAGCCCGUUUGGCCCGAGAACGCCAAAUCUACGAAAUGAGGAAACGGGCCGAGCUAAAGGCCGCCGUUUCCGAACUCGAACGGCCAUGGGAGACAGUCGAGAAGCCGCCGAAUUUGUUCUCCGUGAGCGCCGACGAGCAGCUGAAGGUGUUGGCGGAUCGGUUUCAGAAGCCCGGCGGGCUUGAUUUGUGGUCCGAAAGGGACGGGCCGGAAUUGUUUAGGCACGAUAAUGGUUUGCCCUCUGCUAGGUUUUUCCCCAAAGGGGUUGUUCAUAGCGUUAAACCCUACGGACAAUUGGAAAACAGUUCUCAUCAAUCUGAAGAAUUUAAGAAGUUCAGCCUGGAAGCCGAUUCAGCUAAUGCUGAAAGUGGUGGUGAAUUGAGUCUGCGAAGAAACGGGUACGACAAAAAUUCGACGAGCACUCGUCGGGAUUCGGAUAAAGGGCGAAAUUUUAGUACUUCCGUGCCCAGAAGAUUGGAGAGCGUUGCGAAAGAAGGUCAAAAUGGGAAUUCGAAGGGAAAGAUUACGAAGAAAUCGAGUAGGCAAACACAUUUGAAUGAUUCAGAAGGAACAAAUGUUAGGGAUACAGGAUUUCAUAAUAGAAACUAUAAGAAUAAGCCCAAGCCAGGUACUAAUGCCGGAGAAUUUUCGAGGAGCAACGGUUACAAUAAGGGCGGAAACGUAAAUUCCGAAGUUUUCGAUAUGAAUUUGCGGAACGACGGAAGCUAUGGGUUUGAAUUGGACUGAGGAUGAUGAUGCAUAUGACGUUGUGAUCGAGCAAUUAUGGCUGGAUAAUACAAUUUCAUGACUAGGAAAAUUUUUAGUUUGCUGCCGUUUUCGAUGAAGAUUAGGAACAUUGUCAGGUACAUGUUAAACUGUUUUCGUUCGUCAAUUAAGUAUAUAUAUGCAUACUGUUUUUUCGAGUGUAUAUUUGAAUCCACUGUGAAAUGAAAUAAUAUGUGCUGAAGAUUACUUAAAAGUCAA